AUACUCAGUUCAAUCACGUGCCUAUGUCCACAACUGUAAUUCUACAGCAAAGACGGAUUGAAAUAUCCCAAAGAGAGAGGCCAUUUAUUGUAAAAUGGCGUCUAAAAUUUCAACGAUUUGUGGAGGAGAACAAAAGAAAGCUUAAGUUGAUUUUUCUAUGUUUAGCACUUAUUGGUUACUUCAUUUAUUUUGGUUUGGCCAUAAAACAUUCGGCUAAAAAGGCAAAAGCAUUAAUAGUUAUAACACCGAUUGUUGUUGCCUAUCUUAUUUACGCUCAAAUUAGAGACAGAUAUGGAGAUUUAAUUUUCAAGCAUAUCAUUCAGCCAGUAUUCGCAAUCUUUAAAAGGAAUCUAGUUAAAUGGAUCUUUUUGAGUGGAAUUCUAGUAGCUUUAGUACUUUAUUUAGGCCUUGGCGUACUGAAAACAAGACGACAACUUCAAUCAAUCCUUGGCUUAACUUUUUAUACCAUCAUACCUUACUUUACCAGUAAGCAUAGACGACACAUAAAAUGGAGACCUGUUAUUUGGGGUUAUGCUACACAAUUUCUGAUGGCUGUAAUAGUCUUAAGAUGGAAACCUGGUUAUAACGCAGCUAGAUUUUUAUCAGAUGAAUUGAACACUUUUCUAAGCUAUUCUUUCGAAGGAGCCGCGCAAGUGUUCGGAGAUCCUGUUUUUAUACUUCAUACUGGAUUCUUUUUGUUAGCUUUGAUCACCUUUAUCGGGGCUGUUGUGGAUAUUCUCUUCUAUUUCGGUGUAACAAAGUUCGUUAUCACAAAAAUGGCUUUUAUUAUGUCAAUUUCUGCUAAUAUAACUGCUGUUGAAGCUUUCGGUCUUGUUGCGAAUAUAUUCUUAUCCGUUUUGGAAACGUCUUUAAUGAUAAAACCUUAUAUAAAGAAAUUGACUGGGUCAGAAUUUCAUACUUUUUUAGUAGGGGCUCAUUCUACAAUAGCCGGCUGGGCUUUUGGACUAUUUGUUUUAUUUGGUGUUAAUCCUCAACAUCUUUUAACGGGAGCUUUAAUUUCUGCACCGGCUGCAGUAGCUAUUGCUAAGUUAUCAUGGCCCGAAACAGAAAUAUCGAAUUACAAGAAUUCGCAUGAAGUCGAAGUUGAAGAGAGUAACGAUAGGAGUGUUGUUGAAGCUAUGGCUAAUGGAGCUAAACAAGCAGCGAAAGGUGUAACAGCCAUUAUGUUGCAAAUUAUUGCUUUCUUAUCCUUGUUAGACUUUCUUGACACAACUCUCGGAUGGAUUGGUAGAAGAAUUGGAAUAAAAUUAUCCGUUCAGAUCAUAUUUUCUUAUCUUUUCGUACCUUUUGCCUGGUUAAUUGGAAUUGAAUGGUCCGAAUGCAGAGCUGUAUCAUCUUUGCUAGGACUAAAAAUGCUUGGGAAUGAAGUACUCGCCUUUCUAGAGUUGGGAGGUAUACAACAAGGAGAAGGUCCAAAACUUUCCGAACAUGCUGCAACAUUAACAACAUAUGCUCUCUGUGGAUUUUCGUCAUUUGGAACUUUGGCAAUUUUCAUAGGAGUUUGGAGUUCGAUUGAUCCGCCAAGGGUUGCUCAAGUGGGAUCACAAUUUUUGCGCCUAUUCUUAAAUGCCAAUUUAGCCUGUUUCUCCACUGCUUGUAUUGCCGGUAUUUUAUACGAUGAAGAUAUUGCCAGUGAAAAAUCCCAACCAUCAAUAAUAAGAGCUUUUUUUAAUUUGUUGCCAAGCUAUAAGGAUAUUUUAGACCUUCUUCAAUAA